AUGAGGGGGAUACAGGCAACAGAGGGCUCGAACACCUGUCCCUCACGUCGCCUGAACAUAACUACCGCCGUGUUAGGUGACGUUAAACCCGUAAACCACCCAACCUUGACUGAACCAACCGAACCGAAUCACAUAUAUCCGGUAUUACCAUGUCUUUCCGAGAUGAACUUUGAUCUGUAUACGGGUACAUACAUUGAGACAGAGAAGUAUCUGAGCCCCGAAAAUUAUCAGUGAAUGCUACAUGUACAUGACCUAUGUGAACAAUUUUUUUCUGAAGACAGAAAAUAGAUAUGGAAUGUAAACAAUCUUUUCCUCUAGUGUCCUUGCCGAGUGAGCGAGUAGUGGUAAUCACAGGUGCUAAUCAAGGUAUUGGGUAUCAUACAGCUAAAUGGAUUGCCAUGAUGGGGGCUACAGUUAUCAUUGCUUGUCGAUCGGAGGAAAAAGCAAAACAAGCUAUAGAUCGAAUGAACACAGAAUUCAACGAAGAAAAGGAAAAAGGUACAAAAAGCAUAGUUGACUUGAAGAAGUUAAAUGUGACGUUCAUGAGGCUGGACAAUGCGUCUCUAAAGUCCGUGAUGACAUUUGUCGAUCACUUUAAAGCCACAGGACUUAAGCUACAUGUUCUCAUAUGUAACGCAGGCAUUGGAAGGCACAAACAAGAGUACACGGACGAUGGGAAUGAAUUGAUAUUCCAGGUUAACUACCUCAGUCACUUCCUGUUAACUGCGCAACUACUGCCAAUUAUGAAGACUUCCGGUCCGGAUUGUCGCGUAAUUUUGGUAUCUGGCGGCCAACACAUAUUUGCGUCUUUUCAAUUAGACGAGAUUCAAGGCAAACAGUUCACAGAAGAUGCGUUCGACGGGCUGCAUUAUUAUAGACGAUCGAAAUUAUACCAGAUUAUGCAGAUGUUUAGUAUGAACCGAAGAUUGGCGGAUAGCAAUGUAACAGUGACGUCAUUACAUCCGGGUGGUGUGGAGACUGGCCUUCUUGAUGCUUUUGACCCGGUUGAAAUAAACAUCCAGCGACAGGAAGUUCGCUUCAAGUCGCCUUUUGAGGGUUCUUGGACAACUAUUAACGCUGCUGUUAACCCUGCUUUAUCGGGUGUUCGGGAUGUGUUCUUCUGUGACUCCAAACCAAGUACGGAAACCGCAGGCGCACAGGCUAGGGAUGAAUUUUGUCAGGAACAACUGUGGAAGUACACACUGACAUGUCUGAAAGACUACCUCUCUGAAGAUGUCGUAAAAACCUUGGGAUGGCAUAGCACAGACAAGUAAUAGGUGGAUUUGUAAUCAUUGUAUCCAUGGAACGUAUCCAGAAAUCCCAUGUUGUUUUGUAUGGCAAACAUCAGUAUCAUUUGUUAAAAAAGAUUGUUAAUAACUCAUGGAUUUUUGUUUCUUUCUAACUCACGCAUUCAGCGGUAUCAUCUUUUCCACAAUCUUGAAUGUUGAUGAUAUUAAUGAUGCGUUUGAACCUCUCACCUUUAAAACAGUUAUAUACCCGUCCGCCUGUUCUCAACUUCCGAAUAUUUUUCGGCGAAAUCGUAUUGUAUUACAAAAUCGUACUUUUGCCAUUUUCAAAUUCGCAUAUACAUGUACAGUACGCAAUUAAAUUACGCUAUGUGUAGGCGUAUUGAAAGAAAUUAUUUCUAUCAAAUUGAUAAUUAAGGCAAGGUCGUUGAAAGGGGUUAAAGAUCAAAAUCAUAGAAAUUGUUGUUCGGAUAUCUAAAGAAGGAGCUUCAUCACGGGUAUAACUCAGUGGCGUGGUAUCGCCUGCAGAUAAGCAUCCCUUCGGCCAGUUUUUGUCACAUCAGGUGUACAACUACAAAUAUAACGCGUGUUACCUAAGCUAUUUCUAAGCCCAAUAUAUUCAUUUAACGGAAAUAUAUGUAUAUAAUCUCAAGUGGAUAAGUGGUGUGUCACGUUCCUUGACGUUCAACGUCAUAGAAAUAGCAUCAAAUCAAUAUGUUUGCUGGCACGUCUAUAAUAGAACACAAACUAUUAACUGUUUUUACUUUUAUUUAUUUUUGAAAUCAGAUUGUCAUUAUUGUUUCCAAACAGCAUAUGUGUUAGCCAUGGCUUCUGAUUACGUUACACUCUACGAACCCUUGGCAGAUUUAGCCGUCAGUUGUGAAUCUAACGGAUGAAAUUUUCGACCAAUCAUAACGAGCGUUACCGAUGUACUUCAUCGCUGAUGUUUACCGACACACAUGGGGGCUUGUGUCAUUUUGAGGAGAUAUGUGAUCAUUGACUUCUAUCAAUUGAUCAAACACUGUGAAUGUUUCCCAAAAGAUUGUACGUCUUUGUAUUUAGGUAAAAUGUCAUGACAUUGUCGACAAGGUAGCUCUGUACUUGGCGCUGCAAUUUGUUUUCUGCGAAACCAAGCCUGAAUGUAAAACGCGAUUUGAAUGGAUGUCCUGGGAUUCCAGGGCGCGACGGUUUAAAUACGACUAUAUCUGCCAAAGAUUCGUGGGGUGUAACGUAAUCGGAAGCCUUGGCUAGCAAAGAUGUGCAACGUAAUCAGAAGCCUUGGCUAGCAAAGAUGUCCAAGUGCUAUGGUAAAUAUUCAUGAAGCUGAUUAUAAUUAGUCUAAGUAAUGGUGUAUUAUAUUCUUCAAAUGUUUAUAGAGAUGUAUUUAUAUUGUGAAUAAUGCGCACAUAUUUGAAUGCAAUAAAAAAAAUCAAUAUCUACGAGGGCUAUGUUGUGAUCCUCGUAUUGAAGGAGAUUGUCAAGGAUGUUCUUUUUAAGUCCUACUAUUCUCUGGCUAUAUAGGACCGUGAACCCAAGGACUGGUCUCAUUUGGUUAGUUUAUAUCAACGAUGUAGCCGCUAAAGUAAUUAAGACAUGCGGCUUUUGCAUAAUGGACAAAAUCGAUGAAAGAGCAGUGAUCCAAUAUUUACGUAAAAAGGUUCAAAACCUAAGAAUAUCCAUACUGAUAUAGUAGCAACACUAGGGAAAGAUGCCCCUUCAUAUGCUACAGUGAAAAGGUGGGUGGCGGAAUUUAAGCGCGGCCGACAGAGC